GUAGAUGUAUGGAACAGAACCUGGAAGGUCAAACUGGUAUUACAUCCGGUUUAUUCGGGGUCGUUCAGAAGGAUUCCACACUACAGGAGUUUACGAUGUUGAUACGAAGAGUAUUACAGUUGGGCUUGUCUGCUGCGAAAGGAAGUCGAAUUAUUCAUCACAGUGCGCCAUGGAGAAGUCCUCUUAUACCUAUUGUAGUUGAACAGACGGGCCGAGGAGAACGCGCCUAUGACAUCUACUCUCGCUUGUUAAGAGAGAGAAUUAUCUGUGUUAUGGGCCCAAUUGAUGACUCUAUAGCCAGUCUUGUCAUUGCCCAGUUGCUGUUCCUUCAGUCAGAGAGCAACAACAAACCCAUCCACAUGUACAUCAACAGCCCUGGUGGCGUGGUCACAGCAGGCCUGGCAAUAUACGACACCAUGCAGUAUAUCCUGAACCCCAUCUCUACCUGGUGUGUGGGCCAGGCUGCCAGCAUGGGCAGCUUACUCCUGGCUGCAGGCACAAAUGGCAUGAGGCAUUCACUCCCAAAUGCCCGCAUUAUGGUUCACCAGCCAUCAGGAGGGGCAAGGGGCCAGGCCACAGAUAUUGCCAUUCAAGCAGAGGAGAUUCUUAAACUGAAGAGACAGAUCAACCAAAUUUACAGCAAACACACUGGACAGCUACUGGAAACAAUAGAGGGCGUGAUGGAGAGGGACCGCUACAUGAGCCCCAUGGAGGCCCAGGAUUUCGGCAUCAUCGACCGGGUCCUGGUGCACCCCCCUCAGGCCGGACAGGAUGAGCCCGAGCUGGUACAGAAAGAGCAGACCACGGCGCCGAGCUCCCCCGCUGCCCCAGACUCUCCUGCCCCCGAGCAAGGGGCUUCUGGGACCAACCCGCCCUCCUCAUACAAACCGGAACCCUGAAGGGAACAGUCCAGACUCAGCCCUCCCUCAACACGUCUGUCAGCCUCAUCCUGCACAGUUCACUAAGGGUAUGCCUGGAAUGAAGGCACCAGCAGUACCUCUUUUGGCCUAAUUUCAACACCAUGUUUUAUUUCUGGUGUCUUGGGUCUCUAAAUUUGGACAGAAGACAUGCCAUAUUGCGAAAUGCGUAUGUGGUCUUUUGUGAAGAGUAAAUGUGUGUUACACUAAGUCUCAACAGAGGCUUUGCAUUUGUAACCUAUAGGUGUCAUUUUAAUAAAAUAUGUUUAGAAUAAUAAAAAAA